AGGGUUUUUGCGAAGCGAAACAAAGAAAGAGGCGAUUAUACAAAAACGCGCACACAUUUACAUAUUGAAAGAGUGAGUGGGUAUGUGUGUGUGUGCGAGUGUUAUCUCUUAAACACCAGAUAAAUUCUUUUCAAAAAACCGUUUAAAAAACAAAAAAAAUAUAACCGUUGAUUACAUUCGCGCGCGCCCCCAUGGUGGCUCAGCUUGAGGAGAGUGUGACUCCCUCUCUGGACCAUGUUGAGAGGACAAAGUCUCUGAUCUGUGCUUUGAACUUCAUAUCUCGAGACCUCCCUCUACCUCCUGAAUUAUUCGACACCGUUUCAUCCAUCUAUUAUGGCCACCAAGAGGGCGUUACCGAGGUUCUUGAUGAUGGGGUCCAUGGUGCCGAUGGAUCUGACCAGACAGCCGUGGCUGAAAAGGGUUUGGAUGGUCCUAAGAUUCCUAAUGGAGCAGAUUUGAUGAGUGACUUUGAGAAUGCACUGUCUAAGCAACGGCAAAAAUGCAUGUCAGGCACUGGAUUGAAAGAUUCAAGGGAAAAUCGCUAUCAGAGCCACGUUCAGCACCGAUUAAAUGAACUUGAAGAAUUGCCUUCAAGUAGAGGUGAGGAGCUGCAGACAAAGUGCUUACUUGAACUCUAUGGACUAAAGUUAGCAGGGUUGCAAAAUAAGGUUCGGUCUGAUGUGAGUUCGGAAUACUGGCUUCGCUUGAACUGUGCAUUUCCUGAAAAGCAACUGUUUGAUUGGGGCAUGAUGCGAUUGCGCCGUCCUCUGUACGGGGUUGGAGAUGCUUUUGCCAUGGAAGCUGAUGAUCAAUUCAGGAAGAAGCGGGAUGCUGAGAGGCUGUCAAGGUUGGAAGAGGAGGCAAGGAACCAAAUCGAGACUAGAAAAAGAAAAUUUUUUGCUGAAAUACUUAAUGCUGUCCGUGAAUUCCAAGUGCAAAUUCAAGCUUCUGUAAAACGCCGAAAGCAAAGGAAUGAUGGAGUCCAGGCAUGGCAUGGAAGGCAAAGGCAACGUGCUACACGGGCUGAGAAAUUGAGGUUCCAAGCUCUAAAGGCUGAUGAUCAAGAAGCAUACAUGAGGUUAGUCAAAGAGAGCAAGAAUGAGCGGUUAACCACGCUUCUUGAAGAGACAAAUAAGCUUCUUGUUAACUUGGGAGCUGCCGUUCAACGUCAGAAAGAUGCUAAACAUUUAGAUGGCAUUGAACCCUUGAGAGACUCAGAAGACGAUUUGCUUGACUUGGAUGCUUCAGAGAAUGGAACUCCUGGGGAUUCACCUUCUGAGGAAGAUGAAAUUAUUGAUUCUGAUCGUAAUGACGAGUCUGCUGAUUUACUUGAAGGUCAGAGGCAGUAUAACUCUGCAAUUCACUCAAUUGAAGAGAAGGUAACUGAGCAACCGUCCUUGCUUCAAGGUGGAGAAUUGAGGCCAUACCAGAUAGAAGGGCUCCAAUGGAUGCUGUCGUUGUUCAAUAACAACCUAAAUGGAAUUUUAGCUGAUGAGAUGGGACUGGGAAAGACAAUUCAAACAAUUUCUUUGGUUGCAUAUCUCAUUGAGAACAAGGGUGUUAUGGGGCCCCACCUAAUAGUGGCUCCAAAGGCUGUGCUACCCAAUUGGAUCACUGAAUUUUCAACAUGGGUUCCCAGUAUUGCAGCAGUUGUUUAUGAUGGACGACCAGAUGAGCGAAAGGCACUAAGGGAGGAGUACUUUACAGAGAGAGGAAGAUUUAGUGUGUUGAUCACACAUUAUGAUCUCAUAAUGAGAGAUAGACAAUAUUUGAAGAAAGUUCACUGGAUCUAUAUGAUUGUUGAUGAAGGGCAUCGUUUAAAGAAUCAUGAGUGUGCUCUUGCAAAGACUAUUGCCGGGUAUCAGAUUCAACGUAGACUUUUGUUAACUGGGACACCAAUCCAGAAUAGUUUGCAGGAAUUAUGGUCCCUCCUCAAUUUUCUCCUCCCAACCAUUUUCAAUUCCGUCGAGAACUUUGAAGAGUGGUUCAAUGCUCCCUUCAUGGAUCGGGGUCAGGUUGCUCUUACAGAUGAAGAGCAAUUGUUGAUUAUUCGUCGUUUGCAUCAUGUUAUAAGGCCAUUCAUUUUGAGGAGGAAAAAAGAUGAGGUAGAGAAGUACCUUCCUGGGAAAUCCCAGGUCAUACUUAAAUGCGAUCUGUCAGCAUGGCAAAAAGUAUAUUACCACCAAGUGACAGAGUUGGGCAGAGUUGGGCUAGAUACUGAUUCUAGGAGAUCAAAGAGUCUGCAGAACUUGUCGAUGCAGCUUAGAAAGUGUUGUAACCACCCAUACCUUUUUGUUGGAGAAUACAAUAUGUGGCGCAAGGAAGAGAUCAUCAGAGCAUCUGGAAAAUUUGAGCUACUUGAUCGUUUACUCCCAAAACUCCAUAGAUCUGGGCAUAGAGUCCUACUUUUCUCACAGAUGACUCGUCUCAUGGACAUUCUCGAAAUAUAUUUGAAACUAAACGAUUUUAAGUUUCUUAGACUUGAUGGCUCGACAAAGACAGAGGAAAGAGGGACAUUACUCAAGCAAUUUAAUGCUCCAGACUCUCCCUACUUUAUGUUUCUCUUGAGUACUCGUGCUGGAGGACUUGGUUUGAACUUGCAAACAGCAGAUACUGUAAUAAUCUUUGACAGUGAUUGGAAUCCACAAAUGGACCAACAGGCGGAGGAUCGGGCCCAUCGAAUUGGACAGAAGAAAGAAGUCAGGGUUUUUGUGUUGGUUAGUGUUGGAUCGAUUGAAGAGGUAAUCUUGGAACGUGCUAAGCAGAAGAUGGGCAUUGAUGCCAAGGUUAUCCAGGCUGGACUUUUCAAUACAACUUCCACUGCUCAGGACAGAAAAGAGAUGUUAAAGGAGAUAAUGCGUAAAGGUACAAGCUCUCUUGGAACAGAUGUACCAAGUGAGAGAGAAAUCAACCGUCUCGCAGCCCGCUCAGAUGAGGAAUUUUGGCUGUUUGAGAAGAUGGAUGAGGAGAGAAGGCAAAAAGAGAACUACCGAUCUCGUCUUAUGGAAGAGCAUGAAGUUCCUGAGUGGGCAUAUUCUGCACCUGAUAGUAAGGAAGAUCAGAACAAAGGUUUUGAACAUGAUAGCAGCAAAAUUACAGGAAAACGGAAAAGGAAGGAAGUGGUUUACGCUGAUACAUUAAGUGAUUUACAAUGGAUGAAAGCUGUGGAAAAUGGACAAGACAUAUCGAAGCUUUCAACUAAAAAGAGAAGGGACCAUCUUCCAUUGGAGGGCAAUGAAACAGUUAGUAAUAGUACAGGUGCAGAGAAAAAGGUAUUAGAAGUGAAGAAUGAGAAUCUGCCUACUGCCAGUGAGGGAACAAGUGAGGAUACCUAUGGUUCGGCCCCAAAGAGACUGCAGUUUGAGAGGGGAAAUUCAGAAAAAGCUGAAUAUCAGAGUGUUGAAAAGCCUGAACGUCAAGGUGUUCAAGGAAGUUAUUUGAAUGGGCAUUUAUUUACAUGGACUACCCACAAGAAGAAGAGAUCAAGUUAUGUCGUCCAGAGCUCAUCAUCUGAUUCUAGAGGGCAGAACUCAAAUGGAAGAGGAAACGUGUGGAAUUAAUAUAAAAUGACUUGGCGAAAAUGACAGGAUGAACCUGAACAGUCCCUGCUCAUUCUAGUUGUCUCAAAGUUGCUGGAAUUUCAU